GUACUUCUUCUAACUACCACCACCAUCAUGUGUGAGCUAGUCGCCAAAUAUGAUGCUAAGACCGUAAAGGAUGUCCCCGCUGAGCUCUUCAUCAAGGCCUUCGCCGCUCAUUUGAAGGCCCAGGGCCAGAUGGAGGUCCCCAAGUGGGCCGAGUACAUCAAGACUGGCACCCAGAGAGAGCUUGCCCCCUAUGAUGAUGACUACCUCUACAUUCGUGCUGCUGCCAUCGCUCGCCGAAUUUACAUUCGCCCCAACAUCGGCGUCGGUGCUCUCCGUAAGAUCUUCGGGAUGAAGUCCAACUCCGGUACUUGCCGUACUCACUUCACUCUCGGUGCCGGCAAGAUCAACAGGUUCUUGCUCCAGCAGUUGGAGAAGAUGGGUUUCAUCGCCCAAAGUGACGCCAUGAAGGGUGGUCGCAUGAUCACCUCUCUCGGUCGCCAGACUCUCGACACUGUUGCCGUGCAAGCUGCCAAGGCCGCCAAGCCCGCCGUUGAGGAGAGAGAGCCCAGGCUGCCGUUGAGGAGACCGCUCAGAGUAUCAGCAUCAACACAACAAUGAUGAUGAUGGAUCAGCUCUUGCAUUGAUGG